AUGUAUUCCGGCUGGUGUAAGCUGCUGACACACCUGGACCUAUCUCAAUGUACUGUUGCCAUGGAAACCUUUCCCCACUUCCAGUGCUUACAUCACCUAUUGUCACUCAGCCUUGCGGAUGUCGACAUUCAAGACAUGGAUGCAGUCAUUGACAACUUGUGCCAACUCAAACAGCUCAAACACCUGGAUGUUUCUCAAGGCCAGUUAGACACUCCUGUGAUGUACCUCCAUCCUGAACAGUAUCUCCAGCAGCUCAUUGCCGGCCUCCCUCUUGUGACAUCACUUGACAUCUCAGGCACCAACCUGGCUGGCUUUGAGAAGACUGAGAUCCAGUCAUUCAGGCCCAGUAAGAACCACCAUGAGGAGGCAUCACAAGAAGCAGACAGUGCCGGAAUGUGUAGUAUUCCUGGACUGGAAGGACGAAUGCUUGAGUUUUUGGGUCUGUUUGGAUGUGCCCAUGAUGCUUGCUACAGAAAGAAUAUACCUGCCAAACGGGUGACCGGUGAGAGUGAUGAGGAGCAGGUCCUGCUGUCCCUACAGGUGUACCAGGACAGGUGUGGUCUGCUCAUCAAGGCACUCAACAGUGUCUUCCAUCUUUUCCGUAACUUUGCAGUCAGUAGACAGUGUGCAGUUCUUGAGGCCAUCUUGGCUGGCAUGAAGCGCCACAUCUGGGACAAACAGGUGCAGAUUGUAGGCAGUGCAUCAUUGUUCUAUAUAGCCAAGGGGGAUCAAAAAGACUACAUCACUCAGAAACAAAGGAGGAGUAUCAUCAGUCUUCUACUGCGUGCAAUGGAGACGUUCCCCACAGAACAAACGAUGCUGAGAAAUGGAUGCCUGACUCUGUCAGUCUUUAACAUCCCCCAUGAUGUGAUGUACUGCUAUGAAAAGCUGGUUAACUUUCUGCUGCGGAUGUUAGAGCGAGCACAGCGAGAUGACUACAGCCAUCGCAUUGGUAUCUUCCUCCUCAACUGCUUGGCUUGUCAAGUGGAUGGCAAAGAGAAGGAGAUUGUGGGCAGCUUAGGAGCUAUAGAGACAAUGUUGAGCAUCAUUAGACGCAAGCUCCUGGGUGAUGUGUGUGAUGAUGUGAUGGAAGUAGCCUGGAGCACUAUGUGGAAUGUCACAGAUGAGACUGCUGCCAACUGUGAAAGAUUCAUGGACAAAGAUGGGAUGGGCCUGUUCCUGAGCUGUCUGGAGAAAUUCAAAGACCAUGCAGAGCUGCUUCGCAACAUGAUGGGGUUGAUGGGUAACAUAGCGGAAGUAAAGGAGCUUCGUCCUCGGCUGAUGGUCCCAGAAUAUGUCCAGGUGUUCAGGUACAGGGCUUUUGUACAAGACAUGUUGUGUGUGUAUUUUUCAGCUGAGAAGUACUGUACCUUGCUGGAGAAAGAGUGUGGAAUUUGUUUGUUGGAGAGCAUCCAGGCUGAUCCCCGCCCCUACAAGGACAUACAGAGACUGGCACAACGGGUGCUCAAGCAGGUGCAUGUACGCUCAUCCUGGGAAGACCAGGAGGAGGAGGAGGAGGAGCAGGUGCUUGUUGGAGCCAGUGGAGAGGGGGGUCAGGGGGAUGGACGACUUGGGGAGGAUGUGGAUAAGCAUAUAGUCAAAGACAAUGAUGAUGACGACAUGGGUUUCGUUGACUCAGACUCAGAUGAAGAUAUCAGGUUGUAGUAUCUUGAAAUUAUUUUCAAGCAAUUCAAGUGUAUGCAUGUUAAAAUAAUUUCAUAACCUGUGAAUACUAAACAUAUUUAAUUUAAUCUCUUCCUCUUGUAGUUACCUCUUUGUGAAUAGUGACUUUUAGAGUGUUUGUAAAUGGAUGCAUUAAUGUAUGAUAUUCUUUGAUAAACUGGUGCAAGACUGAAA